GCUAAAUACUAGUCCUUUGAAAAUACUAACUCAAACAACCAACUACACCAGAGCCAGAUAAUAUAAAUCCUUCACUGAAAAAAAAAAGAAAAAAACUCAUUUUCAGUUAAUUACCCCAACCUUCAACAUGAAUGCAAAGGCCAACAAGGGUUAUGGACAGGAAAAUCCGACUGGGAAUGCACAAGGUGCAAUGGAAACAAGGGUGGCCCAAACAGUAGAUCAUCGGUCAUCGGCAGGGCAAGGGCAAGAAGUCAGGGAUGUGAAAGUGAUUCACCAGCUCCAUCCCUCUGAGAAAUCAACCACCAGUGGAGGCGUGCUGGCCGGUGCAGCUGCGGCUGUGUCAUCUACACUUGAGUCCGCAAGAGAUGCCAUCUCUCACAAAUAACACCGCAGUGUCUCCUCACAACUUAUGAUCAGACUCGUAAACUUUGUGACUUCCCUUUAUGACAAUGUUUAAUAAAGUUGACAACUCUUCUCCUACGUCUUGGUAUUGUUGGAAGCAAAUAUAUAUGGCGAUUAGACAAUAUGUUGCAAAUUAUAAUGUAGUUUUAUCCUUUCAACU